AGCUGCUGCAGGCACACAGGUCAGUGGCUGCACUGGAAGGGACAAGCUUUUGUUUUUUCCAGCUGCCAGCUGCCACUGGCAGUGAUGAAUCUGCUGUACCUCUUCAUCCUGCUGGCUGUGUACAGGCCUGCACAUGGCACUUGGGACACCUGCAGGUAUGGCCCCAUGCUCUGGGAGGGUGCUUGUCCCCCACUGCCACACCCCAAACCCCAUGUGGGAGCCUCCUUGCCAGCCCCCAGCUGCUGGGGCAGCAGGAGCCAGCGUGGGCAGCUGCAGGGCAGGGCAGUAAUGACUUCCUGCUUGCAGUGGCACCUGCGGGCACCGGCCCAUGGCUUCUGACUUCAACUCCAUAGCUUCUGACUUCAGCAUCAUGGCUGGCACAGGUGCCCAGCCAGGGGCCUGGCCCUGGAUUGUCAGCAUCCAGGACCCCGAGAAAAUAGGCUCUGGCCAUACAUGUGGAGGGUCCCUCAUCAGCCCCCAGUGGGUCCUCACAGCAGCUCACUGCUUCCAAAAGGCCAGGAACAUCAGCCUGUGGCGUGUGCUCAUCGGGGCCACCCAGCUGAGCCGUCUGGGCCCCGAGGCCCAGGUGCGCCACAUCAAGCAGCUGCUGGUGCACCAGCAGUACACGGCAGAGUCCCAGCAGAACGACAUUGCCCUGCUGCAGCUGGACCAGCCCGUGCAGUGCAGUGACUAUGUGCAGCUGGCCUGUGUGCCCAACGCCUCCAUCACAGUGUCAAAGCUAAAAUCCUGCUACGUGGCUGGCUGGGGUUCUGGCAGUCCAAAAGCUCAGGGUGUGAGUGAUGUCCUGCAGGAAGCCAAGGUCCGUCUCCUGGAUAACCAGCUCGUCAACAGCAGCCGCUGGUACUCUGGGGCCAUCCACACCCACAACCUGUGUGCUGGCUACCCACGGGGUGGCAUGGACACCUGCCAGGGUGACAGUGGAGGGCCUCUGGUGUGCAAAGAUAACAGUGCCAGCUACUUCUGGCUCGUGGGAGUGACCAGCUGGGGAAAAGGCUGUGCCAGGGCAAAACGGACGGGAGUCUACACCUCCACUCAGCACUUCUACGACUGGAUCCUGGUGCAGAUGGGCCCGUGCCCAGCUGUAACAGCCACUUCAGCACCAGAGUCACACUGCCUCUCAACCCCUCUUGAGCAGCCAGAGCCAAGGCCAUCAGAGUCAGGCUGCUCUACUCCCACUCCACUUCCAGAGACAACUGAAACAACCACUCCAAUGCCAGAGCCAACCUUCAGCUCAGCCCCCUGUGAGAAACCAGAGGGAGAGCCAGCACCAACAGAAUCAGGCUGUUCUGGCUCAACUCCCUGUGAGAAACCAGAGGGAGAGCCAGCACCAACAGAAUCAGGCUGCUCCAGCUCAUCCCCCUGUGAGGAACCAGAGGGAGAGCAAACACCAACAGAAUCAGGCUGCUCUGGCUCAUCCCCCUGUGAGGAACCAGAGCCAGAGCCAGCACCAACAGAAUCAGGCUGCUCCAGCUCAUCCCCCUGUGAGGAAACAGAGGGAGAGCCAGCACCAACAGAAUCAGGCUGCUCCAGCUCAUCCCCCUGUGAGGAAACAGAGGGAGAGCCAGCACCAACAGAAUCAGGCUGCUCCAGUUCAUCCCCCUGUGAGGAACCAGAGGGAGAGCAAACACCAACAGAAUCAGGCUGCUCUGGCUCAACCCCCUGUGAGGAACCAGAGCCAGAGCCAGAACCAGAACCAGAGCCAGAACCAGAGCCAGAGCCAGAGCCAGGACCAAUAGUAUCAGGCUGCUCUACUCCCACUCAUCACCCAGAUGUGACAGCCAUGCCAGCACCAGAGACCUCAUCCCCCUCUGAGCAGCCAACACCAACACAAUCUCUCCUGCCCUCUUCACACAAGUAUCCAUACAAGAUAUUGGAGCAAUUCUUAACUCAGGUGCACCAGAUGCUGCUGGACAUCAUAGGGAAAAAGGCACAAGCAGGAGGAUGAACAGGACCCUGUGCAGGCUGCAGUGGACCAUGACCAUUUCGUACUGCAGCAGUGCCUGCUGAUGCAAAGGCAGCCUCAGGGUCAAAGGUGUCCUCUGUCCUGCCCAUCUUCCUCCUCUGCAUGCACACAAAUGCUGAAAUUGAUUUAGUUGUGGAAAUAAAGCUGACUGUUACCACUGUUAGCAUGUGUUUGCAGUCCAGUUCAGUAUCCUGUGCAAGACAAGGAGUCCCAAGCCAGGCACCAGCAAAACAAAGCCAUGAUGGGAGAAGGGAACACAGGUCACAGGGGGAUACAGCUCUCAAGGACUGCAGCUGGGCACACUGCUUUAUGCUGCCCAUCACUGGGAUCCCUGGGUGUGGACUUGAAAUUGGACUCUCUUGUGACUCAGGAGAGAUUCUGAAGAUUGGCCAGACACAGGCUGAGGAGGAGUUUCACAGCCAGGAGUUCCACAGCCAGUUCUGAGCAGUGGGGAGGCAGAAGAGCCUGGUGCCACCCCCACACUGUGACACAUGAACUGUGCACAGCAGAGCCUGGUGCCACCCCCACACUGUGACACAUGAACUGUCCACAGCAGAGCCUGGUGCCACCCCCACACUGUGACACAUGAACUGUCCACAGCAGAGCCUGGUGCCACCCCCACACUGUGACACAUGAACUGUCCACAGCUCCCCUGCAGACACUGCUGGCACUCAGGCUGACUCCACAUCUGUCACACACACAAGGGAUAUUUUGGCAAGGUGCCUCAUGUUCCCCUACACUGAGCAUCUUUACCACUCUUUCUCUGAGCCACAUCUCUGUACUAAGGCUGGACAGCAAACACUGGGUUAUGUUCCAAGGUAAAUUAAAACAUACCAGAAUCUCCUCAGUGUCCUUUAGUGUUUUCAGUCUUCUCUUCAUUCUGCUUCUGAGGCUGAGAUCUCUGUCACCCUGAGAAGAGCCAUUCCAGGAGCACUGCACACCAUCACCUGUUCAAGAGGCAAGCAGCUCCCCAAAGCAGAGCAGAGAAACUCAGGCAAGAAAGGGGCAGGCAAGCCACAGUGGGGGAUGGAUGUGCAAGGCAAGGCAAGAGAUGGGUCUGCAAGGCAAGAGAAGGGAGGGGUAAGGCAAGGGAGGUUAAGGCAAGAGAAUUGUAUGCAAGGCAGGCAAGGCAGGGGUAGGGAAGGCAAGACAAAGGAAUUUUUAUCUGGAAACAGAAGAAAAUGGUUGCUGGGUUUCAUGUUCACAUCGAAGGAUAUCAACACCACCAUGCAAAAGAGCUGUGAGCUUUCCUUUCCUUUCAGUGCAUGUCACAUUCUUUCCAUCAUGCUCAGCUUCUGAACCAAAAUUAACUGUAUCAAGUGUAAAUACUGGUCACAAAAUGUACCCUCUC